AACAUUUCAGUGGUGGACUUUGGUCGCUGUUUAAUGGGUUUAGAUAGGCAGAAAUAUGGAACUUUAGAGAGGCAGCUCCAAAGAAAUUACGAAGCAACAUCCGAAGGAGCACGGAGACGGGUAUUGCUAUGGAAAUGAGAAACCGCGUGACACGGCAAGGCAGCAGAGAAUCAACAGACGGCAGCACCAACAGUAACAGCUCCGAUGGCAAUUUGGUUUUCCCCACAGCACGAUUGGGAGCAGAUGGCCAAUUCAGUGAUUUUUUGGAUGGAAUUGGCCCUGCACAGCUUGUGGGGAGACAAACAUUGGCAGCACCUUCCAUGGGUGAUAUUCACAUUGGGAUGGCUGACCGAAGUGGACAGCUGGAGGUGGAGAUUAUUCAAGCCAGGGGACUGACCCCAAAGCCUGGUACGAAAGCUCUGCCAGCUCCAUACAUUAAGGUGUACCUGCUGGAGAAUGGUGUGUGUAUAGCAAAGAGAAAAACCAAGCUAUCAAGGAAAUCCAUGGACCCUGUUUACCAGCAAGCGUUAUUGUUCGAUGAAGGCCCACAGGGGAAGGUCUUACAGGUGAUUGUCUGGGGUGAUUAUGGUCGGAUGGACCACAAGUAUUUCAUGGGCAUGGCCCAAAUCCUAUUGGAGGAGCUCGACCUGUCGACCCUGGUAACUGGUUGGUACAAACUCUUCCCAUCCUCGUCUCUUGUGGACUCAACGGUGGCUCCCCUCACCCGCCGCCUCUCUCAGUCCUCACUGGACAGUAGCACAGGUCCGGCUGGGCACUCAACCUAACAGGCGACGGGAUCAGAUCAAGUGCAUAUCAUCUGAAUGCCCAGGAGGUGGCUGUAAAUACUGUAUGUGCAAUUCAAUCAACCGCUGCUAUUGCUAGUGUCUCUUUCAUUUAUUUUCAUUGACAUUGGAAGUGUCUGCAAACGUGCACUGAUUCAAGCA